AAUGGAGAAUUCAAAUUCCCGCUAGAGCCAAGUUUUUAAAAGACGAUUAACCCUCCAAACGUCUUCUUCUUUUUACUCUUCCUCUGUUCAAAAUUCCAAACCCCCGCCUACAAAAGUCAAACAGCAAACCCUCUCUUCUCCAAUCUCCGCCUUUCUUCCUUUUUAACGGUAUUCACCUCUCUUCCCUUCCUCCCUCUUUUUAUCAAAUAAAAUCCAGUCCUUACAGUUCCAUUCACUGCAUCAGAUCUUCAGCCAAAUAAGAAGAUAAUGGCUUUGUCUUAUACCGAUAUCAUAGAUCCCCCUUCAAGGCAUCACGCUUAUAGCAGAAAACAGAAAUCUCUCGGUCUCUUAUGCACCAAUUUUUUGACCCUGUAUAAUCGAGAUGACAUUGACGUGAUUGGACUUGAUGAUGCAGCUUCUAAAUUAGGAGUUGAGAGAAGACGGAUCUAUGAUAUAGUGAACGUCUUGGAGAGUGUUGGGGUUCUUGCAAGAAAGGCAAAGAAUAAGUAUUCAUGGAAGGGAUUUGCUUCAGUCCCUAAAGCUUUACAAGAUUUGAAGGAAGAGGGUUUGAGAGAUAAUGUCAAUACAAUUGAUAGGCAAAGCAAUAAUUCCGCGAAAGUUGCAAAUGAUGAUGAGGACGAGGACGAUGACUCUGAUUCUAAUCCUAACACAGGAAGCCAGAAUGAGAAUUCUGGUAUUAUCAAAUCUACGGCCGUGUCAAGAUCUGAUCAUCGGAGAGAAAAGUCGUUGGGGCUUCUUACUCAGAACUUCGUGAAGCUCUUUGUGUGCUCCAACGCAAAUUUGAUCUCACUCGAUGAAUCUGCCAAGUUAUUACUAGGAGAUGGCCACAAUUCGUCAAUUAUGAGAACGAAAGUAAGGAGGCUAUAUGACAUUGCAAAUGUGCUGUCUUCUCUGAAACUUAUUGAGAAGACCCACACUGCUGAUACAAGGAAACCUGCAUUCAGGUGGUUAGGCUUCAGAGGCAAAUCAGAGAACGGAUCCGGUGAUUCUUUGGCUCCUUUUGAGUCUAGGAAGAGGACAUUUGGAGCUGAUAUCACAAAUACAUGUUUCAAAAGAAACAAAAUGGAUUCUUCAGUUGACGGAGAUAAAAGCCAGAAUCUGAAGAUGCAGCAAAUAAAAGAUGAAAAUAUGGUAACUGUCGCCGAGAGAGGCAAUUUUGGUCAGGAUUUACAGCAGAAGUCGGGAAGUUUCCAGUUUGGCCCCUUUGCUCCUGUUAGCGUGGCCAAAGCGGGAAACCCUGAAGACAAAGUGACUCGGAUCUAUGAUUGGGAGGGUCUUUCCUCUACUUUUCGUCCUCAAUAUCACAACCAAGCUCUGAGAGAUCUCUUUUCCCAUUACACGGAAGCAUGGAAAUUAUGGUACACUGAAGUUGCUGGGAAGAAACCAUUACACAUCUCCUAAUUUUUCCCAUCACACGGAAGCAUGGAAAUUAUGGUACACUGAAGUUGCUGGGAAGAAACCAUUACACAUCUCCUAAUUUUUCCCAUCACACGGAAGCAUGGAAAUCAUGGUACACUGAAGUUGCUGAGAAGAAACCAUUACACAUCUCCUAAUUUCUGAUACUUUGUGGCUCUGCUUUUCGCUAUGACCAGUACAGUGUUGGGCUCUCAAAAUUCUUCUUUUUGUACUUUUUAGGACAGAAGAAAUGGCUUCAGGUUGGAUGCACAUUCCCCGUGCACCAUCUUAGCAUGGCCACGCAAUGUUCUUUAUCUGAUGCAUCGAAGCAAAUAAAUUUGAAUAUAUGGUCUUUUCUCCGUAGGUUAACUAGCUACGAAGUUGCCUUCGAUUGUGCAACAUAUCAUUUUCUUCAUGGGACAGCAGCUGUAGCACAAUACUCUCCUGACUUUUUUCUAUCUAGAACUUGUUCUGCA